AUGGCUGCUACAGCAGCAAUUGAAUCUUUAUACAACAUCAAACUUAGAAAGGAAGAGGAAGAUGAAGAUUUGUUUCAGGGUUCACCCCAACAACUAAUCGAUUGCAUUAAGCUCCACCCAACUAAGCAAGAUGCUCAAGGAUGUUACGCUUACAGCACCCGCAAAGCAUUCAGGUGGAUUAUAAACAAUGGCGGAAUAGUAAGCGAAGCCCAUUAUCCAUAUAUGGGCAGGAGAGGAGAACCGAGAGAAAUAACAGAGGUGGUUCCCAAAAUGAAAAUUAAUUCAUUUAGGAGGAUAUACCACGACAGUGAUGACGUGAAUUCAAUACUUCUACACCAUCCGAUAACAGGAGUUAUACGAGCAACGAUGGAAUUCAGAAGUCUUGAAGAUGAAAUAUAUUACGGUCCUGAAGAUGUCAACACAUUGUUAGAUAUUAAUACUCCUUCACAUGCCGUGUUGGUUGUUGGAUUUGGGGAGCACAACGAGCAAAAAUAUUGGAUAAUAAAAAAUUCAUGGGGAGAACGGUGGAAAGACCAUGGUUAUGGAAAAAUUAGUCAAAACAUCGUCAAUACAAUACAAGGUCCGAGGCGUUUAAUAGAAAGAUUAUCUUACCCCAUUAUUGAAGGUCAAAAUCAAUAG